CACAGCAGUUUAAGCUUACGGAAAGCUGUCUUUGUUUUAGAAAUGGCGUCUUGGAUGUCUACAAAGUUAUUUACCAGUUUAGUUGUGCAGCAUUGUUUCCGGAAGGUUAUUUCACCAGCUGGCGGAGUUCACAAGUACAACGUUUGUGUGACGCAGUUAUUGAUUCCUUUGGGAUGUCAGCGUUCGUACGCCACGGAAAAGAAAGUCUUCUCGCGUAGCAAACCGCAUUGCAACGUUGGUACAAUAGGACAUGUAGAUCAUGGGAAAACUACACUCACAGCAGCCAUUACAAAAGUGCUUGCAGACAAAGCUCUUGCAAAAGCAAAGGAGUACUCGGAAAUUGAUAAUGCGCCAGAAGAAAAGGCUCGUGGAAUCACCAUCAACGUUGCUCACAUAGAAUAUGAGACGGAUAAUCGACACUAUGGCCACACUGACUGCCCUGGACACGCUGAUUACAUCAAGAAUAUGAUCACAGGAACUUCGCAGAUGGAUGGAGCGAUUCUUGUUGUUGCAGCAACGGAUGGUGCAAUGCCCCAGACGAGAGAGCAUUUACUGCUGGCUAAACAAAUAGGUGUCACCGAUAUUGUGGUCUUCAUCAACAAGGUUGAUGCUGCAGAUCAAGAGAUGGUGGACCUAGUUGAGAUGGAGAUCAGGGAGUUAAUGACAGAAAUGGGCUAUGACGGAGAGAAAGUACCUUUUGUAGCCGGUUCUGCUCUAUGUGCUUUGGAAGGGAAGAGGCCGGAAAUAGGAAAGGAAGCAAUUUUAAAGCUGCUAGAAGAGGUUGAUAAACACAUACCAAAUCCAAUUCGGGACCUGGACAAGCCAUUCCUGCUGCCUGUAGAAAAUGUAUACUCUAUUCCUGGGCGAGGCACGGUGGUGACGGGCCGGCUGCAGCGGGGGAAGCUGAAGAAGGGCACCGACUGCGAGUUCAUCGGCUACAGCAAGGUGCUGAAGAGCGUGGUGACGGGCGUGGAGAUGUUCCACCAGAUCCUGGAGGAGGCGCAGGCAGGCGACCAGCUGGGGGCGCUCGUCAGGGGCCUCAAGAGGGACGACAUCCGGCGGGGCAUGGUCAUGUGCAAGCCGGGCACCUGCAAGGCGUGCGACAACGUCGAGGCUCAGGUCUACAUUCUAAACAAGGAAGAAGGAGGUAGAAAUAAGCCAUUCACAUCUUUCAUCCAGCUGCAGAUGUUUUCCAUGACAUGGGACUGUGCCACUCAAGUCAUAAUACCUGAGAAGGAAAUGGUUAUGCCAGGAGAGGAUUCCAAGUUGGUGUUGAAGAUGUUGCGGCCAAUGGUGUUGGAACAAGGUCAAAGGUUCACCCUGCGUGAUGGUUCGUUAACCCUGGGCACCGGCGUAGUCACCAAGAUCUUGCCUGCACUCUCAGAAAAGGACCGACUAGAACUGACAGCAGGAAAGAAGGCUCGCGCUGCAGCAAAGAAUUAAUUCAAAAGUACAUCACAUAUUAAUGCCAGACAAAUCCAGUACUGCAUUGUCAUCUCAAGUAAAUCUUUAACAGUGAUGCCUAAAUUAUGCUUCACUUAACAUCUCUGUAGUAAAAUUUGUUAUUGUCUUUUGUUAAUAAAAUUAUUUAAAACAUUA